GGACGGGAGAUGGCUUUCAGAGUUUCAGUAUCAGUCUAUCUUUUAUUCAAUGCAAUGGCAGCAUUAUUAACUGAAGAGGUUGCCUUGAAUGUAACAUCGGCAAUCACAACCCGGCAAAAUAAUUGGACAAUUAACAAAACAAAAGCUGACCACACAGAAGUACCCGUAGCCUUAAAAUUCUCACAUCCUUGCCUGGAAGACCACAAUAGUUACUGCAUCAAUGGCGUUUGUGCCUUCCAUUAUGAGUUGAAGAAAGCCAUCUGCAGGUGUUUUACUGGUUAUACUGGAGAAAGGUGUGAGCAUUUGACCUUAACUUCAUAUGCUGUGGAUUCUUAUGAAAAAUACAUUGCAGUUGGGAUUGGCGUUGGAUUAUUAUUAAGUGGUUUUCUUGCUAUAUUUUACUGCUACAUAAGAAAGAGGUGUCUACAAUUGAAAUCACCCUACAACAUCUGUUCCAGAGGAAGACCACUGUGAGGUCUUUGUAAGAUAUCGUCAUGAGGCAUUUGUAAAAAUCAGUGGACCCAAAAUUGAAAUCUUCAGCUGAAACAACGAAACUUCCCAAGCUGACUAGACUUGAAAAUUACAGAAGUUGGGAUCAUGAUGAAAUGAGAGAAUACAUUUCAAUAUUGGUCUUUAGACUUUGUCAUUGUUAAGGUACCGUGGGAACCAAUGGAACAGCUUACAGUGACAGAAGUCAAGUUCAUAGUACUACUCUGGGUCUGUUACUGUUGUAUGGUUAUUGUUUUUACUUCAGAGAGACUGAGUUUCAUGCUUCUGACCAUGUCAGAUGUGAGUUUUCGUGGGAAUAAGUAUCCACCUUGCAGCAAGCUAUAGCAAUGACAAGCUUGGGUUCUUCGUGUGUUUGCUACCAGUAUUUUGGACUACUGCUCAAUGGACAUAAUCCCAAACAUGCUGCUUUCAUAAUAUCUAAAAGAAUGUGAUUUCAACUAUUAGGAUGAUAAUAGUGUUAUGGCACCUUCAGUGAACCAAACAUGUGCCUGGAGUCUAAGCCAGAGACGAGAAAAUGGAAGGCAAACAUACAUUAUACCCAGCUUGUGACAACACUGUGGAGCCUUUAUCUGUGAAAUAUAGAAUAAGCUAAAGAGUUUCUGAUGACUGAAAGCUAUUUGGAUUUCAAGCCCUGAAGAGGCAAAACAUUUCGGUUCUGCAUGGAUUAUAAAACGUUGUGUUGGA